CUGACGCGCGUCGCGGCGGUCCUUACAUACUACAAAGUCUUCCCAGAACACUCCCAACAUCUUCAAAGGACUUCUAGAACACAACCACCUUCAAUCCAGUCUUGAUAUCCGAUACCAUCUUAACACCGUUUCCCUUUAACCAACACAUAACUCAUCAGCCAUAUCAUUCUCGAGAUGUCUGACCGAUCCCCCGAAGUCACCAAGUCGCAAGACGCCGUCCAAGCCACAGCCCCUCCGGGCAGUGCCGGCUCGAUUCCCACCUUGAAUGUUGAGCCUCUCCAUCAUCCCGAGGAAAUGGCCCACGUCGAGGUUCCCCACAAUGUCGAAAACAUCCCUCACGGAACUACGGUCAUGAACGGAAAGGCCCUCUUGGCCAAGAAGAUGGCGGCCACAGGAACUUCAUUCUACUCUCCUUCCGACGCUCUUGUUUCUCCUUGUACUCAAAAACUGAGCUCUCAGAAGGGUAAACGUUGGGCAAACUCAAAAGUCAAGCCGAUCGUGUUCGGAAAAUCUAAUCUAAACACCACGUCCAACUCGUUUCUUGAUCCACAUGACCCUGUGUCUACUGAAACGAAUUCUACAGAACCGGCCAAAGAUGGCGAGUCACACAACGACUAACUGGACAACCUGGGGCGAUCGAAAAAGCUAACGACUGACUCGAUCGCGCCUGUUCUCGAUUUCUUAUCCUUCUUGCGUCAUCCAGAGCUUCCAAGAGUGUUGUAUUCCUAUCAUAUAUCUGCUAUAUCAGACGGAGCGCGCCGAUCGGGCCUUCACAACCCACUCGGUCUCGUCCAUGUGCUUCAAACUCCGCUGGUCUCGAGCGACGGCUAUCUUCCCAUUCUUUUUUUUUUUUUUCUCAACUGCUUUGUUCUUGCUCG